GAUUUUCACAACAGAGUGGAAGGAAUGGAAACGAAAGAGCGACGGUUUAUUUUUGUGGUGAUCACAUAAAAUAUUUACUAAGUUGCACUUGGAUCUGAUAAAUGCCAAAUGGAGCGACGAAUGGCGCGACUUGUGCACAGUGAAAUUCGCGAUGUGGUACAGACGGUAGACAGAAUUCGCCUGUGGUUUUCAUUACUUCUGUAAAGUGUAGUACUAAUAAUGUUACUCGUGGUACAGUGGAUAGCUGAGCGAUAACACCUAUCUCCUGGCUUUAUGCCUUCAUGUUUACACUUCUAAAUAUAUCUACAUGCAUUUUGUCUAUUCCUGUGUUCUAUAAUAUUUGCAAGGAUUUUGAACGAGAGCCGUGGUCAGUUCUGCUGCAAAUUGCUUAUCAUACGAACGAUAGAAGUCAUUUUCGUGGAAUGCAACUCCAGAUGUGAGGAGAGAAAAAUACAAUCAGCUUUGCUAUUUUUUGUAACGUCGUGGCACAUAAGAGGGAACACGAUGGCUGCCACACUCUGUGGAGAAAAACGACUUCUCUACGGAUCAACGGCUUUUACAUUAUUAGCAUUUUUGUUUCAAAUUAUUGCAGUUGCGACAACUAACUGGGUGCAUAUUGAGUUUCAUUCUACAAUAGUUCAAAAUACUUCAGGGACAGACGUGUACCUCAAAGGAUUUACAGGGGGUCUUUUCCGAGCUUGUGAGGAGGGGUAUACCUUAAGCUCAGAUGGACAGAAACAAGACCAUGAAGAGUGUACAUCACACAAGUUUUUCCCAGAGGAACAUGAGCUAAAGAAAGAUAAAAAGACCGACAUACAACUCGUAGAUUACGUAAGGACGGGAUCAGCCUUUGCAAUAAUUUCCCUGUUAAUAAUGUUGCUUGGCCAUAUGUUUGCGUUCUAUACGCUAAGAAGACCACGAUAUAUUGUAAAACGUCUUACCUCUCUUAUGCAUUUCAUGACAGCUGCAUGUGUUCUGGUAGAAAACGAAGUUUUCAUACGGAAAAUAGCAUAUGCGCAGGAGAACCUUCCUGAUCGCAUUCCGGCUGAUGCAAACACAGCUUAUGGGUUUUCCUUUGUUUUGUCAUGGAUUUCGUUUGCUGUAUACGUUAUAGCUGGUGCUAUCUUCCUUUUCACCUCUCACAAAAGAAAAGCAGAAAUGGCAGACGCUAUCGACGAGUUUGUAGAGGAAGACGAGCCAGUUGUCAUCAGGCGUUGACGUAAUACUUCCGGUAGAGUCAUAUCCGCUAUACCCUAAAAUUCGAGUGGAAUCGUAUAUCCUUCUCAAAAAGUGAUACGAAUUAUCCAUUGACCCUAGACCUGGAAAAUGGCUGCUAGUGUUUUCCCUGCGAAUCCAAGAUCUCAUACCAGAUCAUUUGGUGAUUAUUUGCAUUCCACUGGAUUUCCCGAAAAGUUCCAGCACAUACUGAAGCGUUACAUAAUACGAAAAAAGGAGGGAAAUGCUUAUUUCCGGAAUGUCAUUGGGUUUUUUUUUAUCUUUAUCAUUAGCAUUUUUUAAAAUUUUCUUUUUUCAUUUUUUAACGUUUAUAAUUGCUCAUCUUUAACUGCAUUGCACUGUAUUCAGAGUGCUUUUUUAUAAGAAUUAAUCGAAUGGCCUUUUAGCACUCUGUGCUAAAGCUUUUAAGAAUAUUAUGUGUUGCAGAUACAAUUACCGUAUAUGUGUGCAAAAAAGAGAAGAAGAAAAAAAAACAACUCAUGAAUAGCUUUAUCCUCCUAAAGUUUAUUCCCGUGCUUUUAAGCAGCCAAUAGAAAACAGGUCUUAUUGAGGCAAAUAGAAAAAAGAUGCAUUUUUACUUUUCAAGUUCCAAUAAUUUUAUAAAAUAUCAAAAUAUUGGUGAGAGAAUGCAUAAUAGAUAUUUUUCUAAUACUUAUAACAAUAUUUAAGACGUACAAACGUACGAGGUACCUAAGUUAAAAAAAAACAUACGAUUGCACUGUGUUCGAAGAAUUCCGCUUUUCCAGUUGUCCCAAGAAAAUUUUUAUUGUCCCCUCUAUAAAACUUCAGAAAUUUUAAAUAUGGUGCGUGAUUUUAUUUAUACUUUACACAUGUAUGAAUCAUUUUUUUUCACUUAUACAUUAAUAUUAUCUUAUCAUGCUCUAUAAGGUUUCUAAGCAGUCAGUUCGUUGUUCAAUGCGCACAGAACUGCAAAACCGAUUUCUCAUUAUCAAAUGUCCUUGUAGAUUUGCACCAUGAACCCAUUAUCAAUAAAUUGUUAAACAAUUUUUUUU